UGUUGGUUUUUGAUUUCUACGUAAAAAUGGUAUAGCAGUGCAUGCAAUGCCAAGUAUGCAUAACAGAGCCUUUAGCCAACACAUAAACGAACAGUGCUAAACAUGGAAGUCUGUUGGAUUUUGAUUUCUGUGCUACGUAAAAUGAAAUGACAUUUCACACUUUGACAGUUCUAUUUAUUUUUCAUUCGUUCAAUUGGUUUCUGGCGCUAAUUUUGAUAUGAACAAAAUGAUGGAUGACGAGAAAUUAAUUGAUUUAGUGCGCUCCAAAGAAAUUUUAUACAAUAAAACAAUGACGGGCUACAGAUUGUCCGACAGAAAAGUGGCAGCUUGGACUGAAAUAGCACGGGAGCUUGGAAAGACAGGGGACCAGUGCAACAAGCGGUGGAUCUCACUGCGCGAGCGGUAUUCGAGGGAGCUACGGAAGAUGGAUGCUCCAUCAGGAAGUGGGGCGACAACUCAGGUAUAUUGGCCGCUGAUGGAUAGCUUGAGUUUUUUGAAACCUUUCGUAAAACCAAGACCAACUCGAUGUACCUUUAACGUAUUGGAGGAAAGCUCGUCCUCAUUGCCAUCGCCUGGAUCGCCGAUAUUGUUCCCGAUAGAAGAAGAGUUUCAAGAUGUUCCGGCUGGUGACCCAGUGGCAUCAACGCCACAAUCAUCAACAAAAUUGCCGAGAAAAAGGCAUAGGACAAAUGAUGCUGACGACGAAUUUAAAGAGGUGUGUCAGAUGUACAAAGAAGUACACAAAGAUCGGCAGAAUGAAAACAAGGCCGUACGUGCUUUUGGGGAGAUGAUAAUCGCCACGAUAAGCGAGAUGAGCGAUACCAAGCAAACAAAAGCAAUGCAAAUUAUAACUAAUACUGUUAUGGAGUUAAAACUCGAGCCCGAUUUCUAACGUGAAUCUUUUGUUUAAAUAUUUUUAUUUUGUCACUAAAGUUUUUGCAUCUUAUAAGUGUACAUCCGAGUACAUAUGUUGUAUGUAUAUGUAUUUUUGUAACAAAUAAGACUGAAUUCUUAAUUUUGAUUUGAUCACAAAUGUGUACCUGUGAAAACAGAAGUGCUUAAAAAUAUGUACAUACAUAGGUACAUUUGUAUACCUACAUGUAUAAUCAUCAACAAAUUAACAAGUUUGCGACAUUUGUCUACUUUGGGCUAUUUUCAUUUAAGGUUAAUAUAUAUAGUUAACCAUAUAAAAACUGGGGCGCGACAUUUUAGCAAGUUUUGGCUAUUUAUCUUUAGUUUAGUGUUUAAUGUUUAUUAUUUUGUUUGAAAGUCUA